CCUUACAUUCGUGGCAAUCAGAUGGACAAGAGAAUAUUCUUCAAUCUUCUUUCAUCAUCACCAUCUGCUACAUCAUCUACUCAUCUUAAACAAAUGCUUGUGUGAGAUUUCACAGAUACGCUUUCACUGGUUGCACGUAUCUCUCAAAAAAAACAAUCACUCCAUCCUUCUUCCUUUUUCGUGCCAAAUGCCAAGCACGCUCAACAAUUUCUUUCGCUCAAGCGCAUCAAGAAGGGCAUCUUUUGCUGCUCAACAAAGUGAUUCAAGCGGCGCAUCACAAAAAUCAUCAAACGAUCAAUCUCCCGAAUCUGUUACAUCUUAUAGUACAACACCUUCUUCGGAAAGUGAAAGUGUUCUAACGCCUAUUGCCACGCCAAAUCCCGCGGCUAAAGUACAACAACAAAAACAACCGGAGCAAUUCAAAGAAGCAAUUCCUCAUAUCGUAAGACCAAAGAACCAAUCUUCUUUACCUCCAAUUUCUACAAACAUUGACGAAAAAUCUGUACGAGAUCCACCAACGAAAUCAUCAAGUGUUCCUUCUAUUGAAAUAGUUUCUCCUUCAGGUAAUACACCUAGACAUCUUUGGGGUCCGGACGAUACAGAUCGGAACAGUAAUCCGUCUCCCUCUUUAUCCGCAAUUAGUUCGGAAAAUCUUUAUCAAUCUAUUUCGCCAAAAUCACAAUCGACCGCUUUAUUUAGCGCACCUCCGCAAGUAUCGUACGAUCAAGGUUACGACAACGACGAAGAAGAAUUUGACGAUCCUCUUUACUCACUCUCGUCUUCAAACAGAAAGAUGGCAAGACAAACAAAAGGUGAUCCUUCAACGCCUGCUAAGCGUGGCAGUAAGGAUGUUCCAGACAGACACGAUGUGAUGCGAAGAGCAAUGGCCGAUGCAACCACAUCGGAUCAAUAUGGAAUCUCUUCUGCUCCAGCUUUUGGCAAUGAACGUAAUUUCUCUAACAUGCAACUACCACCGCAAAUGCCUCUUUCACCUACUGUAAGGCCGCAUGUACCAGCUGAAGCGCCAGCGAACAAGGCUGUUUCAAAUCUUAACAGGGCAAUGCCAGCAAGUCAAAGUACUGGUAGCAUAGUUGACCUUGAUAAGCCGGGCCAAGGCUCUUUAUCGUUUGACCAUUUUGCCGGUCAGACAGGUGAAGGAACGAUGGUAUUGGCAGAUGGAUCGACUGUAUCUGCUGCUGCUGCCACUGCAGGAAUAACGAAAAGUGACAGUAUAGAUUCGACGAAAAAGAUCUCUUCAAGAUUCCCUUUGCGACCUAAAUUAGGUAGCAGGAACAAUUCAUAUCAAAGCGAGCACAACCCACUCAAUGAUUCGCCGACCAAUUCAGUCUUUGGACAUGGUACUGCUCCGACUCCGGCCAAUACAUCAUCGCCGAUGAAGAAUCCUACCCAUGGUCGCUAUGCAACAACAGGACAUGCUGCUGAGCCAGUCAAAUCCAAACAUUCUUCUUUGGCUGUACCAGGAACAGGAGGUGCACUUGAUGCAGCUUCAAAUGGACGCCAUCAUAUGCACGAAUCAGCAAGUACGGGUUCUUUGCUAGCUUCUCCUUUGCACAAAUUUAGACGAUUAAGUGAUUCAAAUUCAAAGAAGAAUGGACCUUCAGGUGGAAUUGCAGGUGCAUUGGCAGCUAGCGGUAUGGCGGGUAUGGGUGUAGGACAUGCGGAAUUAUUGCAAAGGACACAGAGUAAAUUGAACGAACAAGAACGUCAACAAAGUCAAAAACACAUAACGAGAUCUCGUAAUUCCAGUAUUGGGUCUGGUUAUGCAUCUGGAUAUGAAGGAGGUGUGUAUCGUGACCCAGUCACAGGCAAGAUGACCGAACGCGGACCAGGCCAUGAAGCUGGACCAGAUGGACAUCACCUUGCUUUACAGAGUAGCAAUGCAAGCUUUGAUGGCUCAGACAUAUCGGCAGGAAGCGGCUUGAAUGCAGCCGCAAAUUUUGCUUUGGGCCUGCAUGAUAAUUUUGUCUCACCUGAAGAUCCUUUAGCAAGAGCAGAGGGUGAUGGACAUGCUCCAAUGACGCCUGGAGGGAUCGGUGCAGUGACUGGGUUGAGUCCAAGCGGUCUGGGAGAACGGGUCACAUUGGGAGAGCAUGACGAUUGGCAUCAUAAUGACGUUGACGCACAAAUUACUGGUUUUGCUGUUGCAAGUUCAAAGAGAAAUGCCGAAUUUCAUGGAUUGUUCCCUACUGUUCCUGAAGAUGACUAUUUGAUCGAAGAUUACGGAUGUGCUCUUGUUCGUGAAAUCUUGAUUCAAGGUCGUCUUUACGUUUCGGAGAAUCACGUAUGCUUUUAUGCGAACAUCUUCGGUUGGGUAACAAAUAUCGCUUUGCCAUUCUCUGAGAUUGUUUCGGUGGAAAAACGAAUGACCGCUUAUGUGAUCCCAAAUGCCAUUCAAAUCGCAACUCUGCACUCGAAGAACACUUUCGCAUCAUUCUUAUCCCGUGAUACGACGUAUGAUCUCAUCGUUCAGAUUUGGAAACUAUCUCAUCCUGCUUUACGACCUGCCGAGACGAUCGAUGCAGGAACGGAUGAAGAAUCCAUUGAAGGUGCAGAUGGCGCAACGAUCAGUCAUGGUGACGUUGAUAACGACAAGGCAAAAGGUGAUGAUCAUCAUCCUGUCAAGAAGUCAAAGAGAAAGAUGCUUAAGAAGAAGCUGGGCAUCAAUAAAGAAGGAUCAGAAAUGCAAAUGGCAAACGGUAGAACUAAUGGCGGACCGGCCAUCUCUCGUGGUGUUAGUCCGGCUCCUGGAAGUGCCAAACGUGCUCCCCAUCGAAAGACGACAUGUAGUUGUGAAAGAGACAAGAAGCAUUUUACCACAAUUGCAAUGGAGACAACGUAUCCUACCGUUCCAGAAAAAUUGUACAAUCUGAUCUUUACCAGUGGCUUUAUGAAGGAUUUCUGGACCGACAACCAACACUUGACAGAUUUGCAAAUUAGCCCUUGGAAACCCAAUACGCAAAACAACAACAAUCUUUCGAGAGAUAUUUCGUACAUCAAACCCUUGGCCGGUGGUUUCGGACCUAAGCAAACGAAGUGUCUUUUGACGGAUGAGAAUGUUCACGUAGACUUUGACGAUCAUGUGAUCGCUUUGACGACGACAAGAACGCCAGAUGUUCCGAGCGGAAACAGUUUCAGCGUCAAAACAAAGACGUGUAUCACAUGGGCAGGUGGAAAUGUUUCAAAAAUGUUGGUAACUUGUCAAGUUGAAUGGAGCGGAAGAAGUAUGUUAAAAAGUGUGAUCGAUCGUGCAUGCAUUGAUGGACAAAAACAAUAUUACAAAGAUCUGGAUGGUGCAAUUCGAACGUAUAUAAAAGAACAUACUUCCGAGUUUCGCGAAGAAGGUGAAGAUCCUGAAGCGGCCGUCGCUGCUAUUGAUGAGCAUGCAGAGAAUGCGGGAGGUGCUGGUGAUGAACAAGCUACAAAGAGUGCAGACGGAGCAGCAGAAGGCGAGAAGAGUAGUGGAGGACCAUUGGCUGCUUAUCUUGAACCGUGGCGACCUGUGCUGGAUAUCUUGUCAGACGCUUUCGGUGGAUUGGCGGAAUUGAGUCCAAGUGUUUUGAUUUUGGGCGGAGUGGUGUUCUUGUUGGUGAUCAGCAACUUGUGGGCAUUAUCAUCACGUACAGGUGAACGUGAUCCUUUGGACCCUCAUCGAUUACGCAGUAGCACAACGUCAAAAGCAAACAAGCAUCAACAAACACUUCAUGCACCCGAUGUUGCCAAUUCAGCUGAAGCUGUAGCAGUGGCAGUACGUGAUGUGUUGAGUGAAUAUUUCGAUCAUUCACGUCAUCAACAAGGAAGUGUGUUUGGAGGAAGGGUGCCGCCAAGAGGAUCAACAACCCCUAAGCUGGGCUUAGACGGAGUUGCGAUUGAAGAUCCACAUCAAGAAUUAGAAUCAUUGCUAGGGUUAUUGAACGAUGUGGAAAAACGUGUUUCUCAAUUGAGAACACAUAUUAACGAAAUACAACAAACGAACGUAAAGAAUGAGCUUUAAAACGCUCUCACAAAAUACCAAUUUUUAAAUCAUGCUUUCCAUUCAUUUUUUGCUUUUUAUUUGCAUUACACUGUAACAUAUUAUUUUCAAACAAUGUCCUAUCUUUUAUUGCGAUUUCUUCACAACCAAGCU